UCGCCUCGGGCCACGCGUUCCCUCAGGUCGGAGAUUCCUCUCAGCUCAAGGCUCCCUUCAGCUGCGGGAUCCCCUCAGGAGGCCUGGAUUUUGGAUUACAGACUUUGGAAGAAAAAGGAUCCCAGAUCGGAGCGUUAAUUCUGCGCUGGAUACGUGCCGAAACUUUCCAGUUCUCCACAAGAUACCAACAAUAUGCCCGUUAUAAAGUACCCCAGGAUUAGAGACCCUCUCUUUUAUGAAUGGGACAGGAAAGCCCAGAAAUGUGGAUUAAGACACACAAUCUAUGCUGUAAAUGGGGAUCAGUAUACUGGAGAAUGGUUGGACAACUUGAAACAUGGUAAAGGCACCCAGCUAUGGAAAAACACAGGAGCUAUUUACAGCGGUGACUGGAAGUUUGGGAAGCGGGAUGGUUAUGGCUCAUACAGCAUUCCUGACCCAGUAACCAAGGAAUACAAGAGGGUGUACACAGGCUGGUGGGAAAAUGACCGAAGAGGUGGCCGGGGGGUGUUCUUUUACCCCAACGGGGAGUGCUACGAGGGCGAGUGGAGCAACGGUUUGCGGAGUGGCUGGGGAAAGAUGCAGUACAAGGACGGUUCCGUCUACGAGGGACAGUGGCUGGUGGAUCAGCCCAAUGGGCAGGGCGUGCUGCGGCUCCCAAAUGGAAAUCGGUACGAAGGAGGUUGGAAAGAUGGCAAGAAGCAUGGCCCAGGGAAAUACUUUUACCUGGAUAAGGGACAGCAGUUAGAAGGCAUCUGGGUAGCAGAUAUACCGAAGUGUGGAGUUCUGGUUGACUUUGGCAGAGACAACGCUCCAGCCCCUACUCAGUAUCCACUCCCAGAGAUUGAACUACAUGAUCCAGCUGGUGUUUUAGCAGAGGCCCAGGCAAUGUUUGAUGACAGCCAUAAUUAAUAACCAGAUGCUGAA